AUGUGCUAAUUGUUGAUGCGGCUUGGACUCAGGGCGACAACUUCAUCUGACGACUUGUCCCUGCACCCUGCACAUCCGACUGACCAUGACCAGCACCGAGAGUGUUGUGGAGAGCGGCAAGCAGCCUUGUAUCGGGCUGGAGCCUCUCGGCGGCAAGAACACCCUCCUGCCGGGCAAAUCGACGGCGAGCGGGGGCACGGGUCUCGGCACCUUCGUGGACGGCGGCCCCAAAGUGACAGCCAACGGGGUGCACGACAUCGAGGACCGCAUCUUGAGGAUCACCGGCUACUACGGCUACAACCCGGGCUACUCCAGUCACAGAAGAGAGGAUGGUUUGGAGUCUCACGCCGAGACGCCUGGUAGUGAGACAGGUGUGGAGAACCAGUCGUACCACACAUGCACCAGCACAGUGCUGAAGGUGCUCGGUGGCUUGCUGAUGGUGCUGUGCAUCUCGUCCUCCUGGGUGGGUACCGCUCAGGUGGUCAAGCUGACCUUCCAGUCAUUCUCGUGUCCUUUCUUCAUAUCCUGGUUCAGCAGCAACUGGAAUAUCCUCUUCUUUCCUAUUUAUUACUCUGGACAUGUGGUGACCACAAGGGAGAAGCAGACACCCAUUCAAAAAUUCAGAGAGUGUAGCAAGCUGUUUGGGGAAGAGAGGAUGAGCCUGAAACUUUUUAUAAAGAGAACAGCGCCUUUCUCCAUCCUGUGGACGCUGACCAACUACUUGUACCUUAUGGCCUUGAAGAAGCUCACUGCCACUGAUGCGUCUGGCCUUUACUGCUGCCACAAGGCCUUCGUCUUUCUCUUGUCGUGGAUUGUCCUCAAGGACCGCUUCAUGGGUGUCCGAAUUGUUGCUGCCAUCAUGGCCAUCACGGGAAUAGUCAUGAUGGCGUAUGCUGACGGUUUCCAUGGUGAUUCCUUUGUGGGUGUGGCACUAGCUGUGGGCUCAGCCUCAACUUCAGCUCUUUAUAAGGUGCUGUUCAAGAUGUUCCUGGGAAGUGCCAAUCUUGGCGAGGUGGCUCAUUUCCUUUCCACCAUGGGUUUCUUCAACCUCAUCUUCAUCUCCUGUGUGCCGCUCAUCCUCUAUUUUACCAAAGUAGAGCAAUGGGGCUCCCUCUCUUCGCUGCCCUGGGGAUACAUGUGUGGUCUGGCAGGAUUGUGGCUCGUGUUCAACAUUCUGGUUCAUGUCGGUGUGGUCCUGACAUACCCCAUUCUCAUCUCCAUCGGAACGCUACUCAGUGUACCAGGAAAUGCAGCUGUAGACGUCCUUAAACACGAGGUGAUCUUCAGCGCUGUGCGCCUUGCAGCCACAUGCAUCAUCUGCAUGGGUUUCUUGCUGUUGCUGCUUCCAGAGGAGUGGGACUCGAUCACAGUGCGCUUCCUGGCCACCAUGGCAGACAAGAAAUCAGAGGAGCAUGGCGAGGAGCUCACAGAGUCGAGCAUGCACACGAGAAGCCGCAGUCGAGCCAACGGCACCAUCUCCCUUCCCUUAGCAUGACAUAGUGACACUCCUCUAUGAGCUUUUCUUCCACAACUGCCCACUCAAGGAGGGGAGACUAGAACACAUGAUGGGAACAAUCUGAAAGACAUGAAAGAUUAUCAAGAUUAUUUGUCAAGGAUGUAUCAGUGUCUCAAGAUGCGCCUGGCCGACCGGAAGAGGGGUAUUUAUGAUUUUUGCAAAUGAAAAUGGUGGAAAGUGUUAUUUACUUUCUCGAUAAACCUGCCACACUCAGUCCUUCACACGCUGACUGACCUCUG